AUGGAACAGCAACCUCAGAACCCGCCCGGGCUGUACCGGAUCAGCGAUAUUAAUAACCCUGGCCAGAACGUCGAGAAGCCAACUCGCUACUAUGGAGAACAUGCGCAUGUGAGAAACGACAGUCGCUCAAUAUGGGAGCUUCGCAAAAACCUUCAGACCCUGUUGAACUUUCCAAAAUCCGGGUUUCCUGGCGCGCAGCCAGUGAGCUUCCUACGUCGACAUAUCGAAGAGUUGAGGAGGGAAGACUAUUAUGUCUGCGAGAAAUCAGAUGGUGUGCGCUACCUGCUGUGGUUAACAGAAGACGACCACGGCGGCGAGUGCCAGUAUCUAAUCAACCGCAAGAACGAAUAUUUCCACAUCAACGAGACCCGACUCCAUUUCCCACUCCCGCCGCCCGAGGAGGACAAGGCAAAGUUCCACAAGGACACGAUUGUGGAUGGCGAGCUUGUUCUUGACGAUGUUGGCGGUGGACGCAAGGAGCCUGUUUUCUUGGUGUUUGAUUGUCUUGUCAUUGACGGCAUGAGUCUAGUCGAGCGCACGCUGGACAAGAGGCUCGGCUACUUUAAGGAACGAGUCUUCAAGCCGUACAAGGAGCUGUUUCGCGAAUACCCUGAUGAACAGCAAUUCCAAGCGUUUCGGGUCGAGCUGAAGGACAUGCAGGUCAGCUACGGCCUUGAGAUGAUGUUCCGUCAAGUGCUGCCAAAACUACGACACGGCAACGACGGUCUCAUCUUUACGUGCCGGAACAGUAGUUACGUUUUCGGGACGGACGAUCACAUAGUGAAGUGGAAACCGCCAGAGGAGAACACCAUCGACUUCAAGCUGGCGCUUACCUUUCCCCGGGUGGAGCCGGACCCAGAGAUCGACGGGCCUGACGCGGAACCGUACGAGGACUAUGACAGUAUACCGGUGGCCCAACUGCUCGCCUGGACUGGUAAGGGCAAUCCAGAGACGCAUUUUGGCGACCUUUACCUGACCCCAGAAGAGUGGGAGGCGCUGAAAAAGCUCAACGAGCCGCUGCACGGUCGGGUCGUCGAGUGCGGACAGGACGAGCAAAAGCGGUGGCGGCUGCACCGGUUCCGCGAUGACAAGGAGAAUGGCAACUUCAUCAAGGUCAUGGGCAACGUCAUGGAAAGCAUCCGGGACGGCGUAUCCGAGAAGGAGCUGAUCGACGCAUCCAAAGGGAUCAGAGAUAGCUGGAAGCAAAGGGCAAGGUAG